UUCCAUUACUUUUCAAUUGUAUUCAUUUUUUUAUUUACGUUAUUUGUAGUGACUUCACCUACAUUUUCUCCCCAUUUAUUUCCCUGAACUUACUGAUUUAUGAGAUUGCUAGACAACUGGGGCACUUGCUCAGUCUAGCUAAAGAUAACUUAAAAUGGAAAAAUAAAAUGAGAAAGUAAAAAUAUGAAAAUAAAAUUGAAGGUAACCAAACAUGGUCAAUUGUUUUUCAAUUUCAUCCCCCCACAGUCAUCAAGAUUUAACUUUAAGUACAGGUAAAUAAAAGGUAACUAUGUGAUGCAAACACAGUUAGUUGCAGGAACGGAUGCAGCAAGCCCCCAAAAUUGGCCCCGAGUGCAGCAACAAGUUAUCAGUUCAGACAGGAAGGCUGCACAUCAAAGUUAGAAAAACACCAACCACAGAAAACAGAAGUAGCUUUCGACUUCCCUUCCGUAAAGUAUUGCUUCCUGAUGUCUUUCUAUGAAAAACAUCAGUGAAUUUGCAGCACUUGACCAUGCUGGAGGAGCACAAGGAGUGUUUGGAUAAGAGAGGUAGCAUUAGCAAAAUUCACAGCAAUGAAUAUUACACAGCAGUCAUGGAAGAGGACUUGCAACGCAUUGAAGACUUGAUUGAGAAACAUGGGAGCAAUUUCCUCAUUGAGCCACAAGGCAAAGUAUAUAAAGAAGCCUUCUGCAAGGGCUUUGCUAUUCUUCCCCUUCACCUGGCUGCCUCUUACAGAAAAAUCCAAAGCAUGCAGAGUCUUCUGUCUGCAGGAGCAGACACUGAAUUGAGAGAUAUGCUUGGUCGAACCCCGCUGCACUUGGUGAUAAUUGGUUGGCCAAGCAUCCUGAAUACGUCCCAAAAACCAGAUUCCAAGUUCCAGACUAAAGUGAUCGGUGUGUGUACAAAGGCAGAGGCCUGUUUAAGGCUCCUCUGUGACCAUGGUGUAAACAUCAAUGCUAAGGUGGAGAGAAAAGACCACCAGACAGCUCUUCACAUAUCAGUACGCUACAGAGCACUAUCUGCUGUCCAAAUACUGGCGUGCUAUGGUGCCGAUGUUAAUGCUGUGGAUGGCAGUGGGAUGGCACCUCUGCAUAUGGCUGCUGGGAUACUGCAUAAGAAUAUUAUUGCCAGUCUGCUCAGGCAUGGCGCAAAUGUUAACAUGGGAGUGCAGCACACUGGGAACACCCCUCUACACCUCGCUGCUGUGGCAAUGGCUACAAAGACCACUAAAACCCCAGAAGACGCCAUUAGCAGCAUCACUGAGCUGCUCGAACAAGGCGCGGAGCCCAAUGCAGUGAACAACGCUGGCAUGACACCUUUACACGAGGCAUGUAGCAUGGGAAACGAGGAGCUCGUAGACCUGCUGCUGAGCUACGGAGCUAGCAUGUAUAAGCUAAGCGAAGCAGGGGAGAACUGUCUGUACCUUUUCCUGAACAACAUGCCUAAUGUGAGAAAUGUUUCUCUGCUAGUGAAGCUCCUCAGCCUGACCUCACCGCUUACUGUCUACAACCAAAAAGGCCACCUGCCCUUAACCUUAACAAAACCAUGUUUCUUUAAACAGAGAGACUACCUCAUGAACCUAACUCGACAGACAAGGAGACUUCAGGAUAUUUGUAAGAGUGACAUUUAUCUAACACACGUCAGAGGCAAGAAAGAAGAAACGAGGAAAAUCCUUCCUGACAAGCUGUACAAAUUUAUCUUCAACCAUUGGGAGAAUGUACACAACAUCUCCUUUGUGACAGACAGUGAACAGGAAUAUGUAAAAUAAUAAUUUCAUAUUACUCCAACCUGACACCAGUUCAAACUGUUCAAACUCCACCUGACUUUAAACUUUUGCAUCAAACCGCUGACUAACCUUAAAGUAACAGAGGUGUGGAUGAAAGAAAGAAAAGAGAAA